GUCUCUUUUUUUUUCUGCUUUAUGCUUUGCCAUUUUAACUGCACUUUCUUAUGCAGUAUGUUUCUCAGUCUAUUUAUAUUCAGGAAGGCUCUUCUUCAUUCUAGCCCCAGAACUAACCAACAUCAGGUUUGUUCUACUUUCAGUUGUCUCAAAGUCCCAGAUUGAAGUGCUGCUGAAAUUAACCAAUGCAGUCAAGAAAUGUUAGAGCAGGUGUGUGCAGUAACCAAUUGUCCUCUCUACUGCGCAUUGUUGACAGGAAAUUUCGAUGCUUGUGCUCGAGGAUACGGUGGCUGAUAUGGAGAAGGCCAAAGCCAAGAGUCGUCAUCAAGAGAUUUGGGAAGCUGAAGGCAAGGAUUCGGCAUGGAGGGAAAGCAAGAACCAACCCUGCAACUCAUGGUGGUGGUGCUGCCUUGCUGGCAAGGCCAAUACGUAUCGCCACAUUUAAUGUUGCCAUGUUCUCUCUUGCACCUGCUGUUCCAAAGGCUGAGAAAUCAGUUGUUUUUGUUCAUGAAGAGGAGGAUUAUUUGAAGAUUAAUAGGCAGUCAAAGUCUGUUAAGAAUCAGCCGAAGAGCAUACUGAAGCAAUCUCCUCUGCAUCCCAUGGCAAAGAGUCCUGAGCAUGUUUCCGAGAAGACAAGCCUCAUAAAGUCAAAACUGAAGGUUUCAAUUAAUCUUCCCGAUAAUGAGAUCUCGUUGGCCCACAACAAGGUUCUCGGUGCUGUUGGAGAUGAUACGGAGGCCAUUAAGAAUAGAAGCCAUGCUCCAUUGAGGUCUCCUGUGUGCUUCCCUGCCGGAAUGUUCAAUUACAUGGAUGAUGGGAGCCUGAGAGGCAGCAGAACCAUUCUUGAUGUACUUAGAGAGGUUGAUGCUGAUAUCGUGGCUCUGCAAGAUGUGAAGGCUGAGGAGGAGAAACACAUGAAGCCCCUCUCUGAUUUGGCUCGUGCAUUGGCUAUGAAUUAUGUAUUUGCUGAGAGCUGGGCUCCAGAGUAUGGGAAUGCAAUCUUGUCCAGAUGGCCGAUUAAGCAUUGGAGAGUUCAGAAAAUCUUUGAUGAUCAAGAUUUCAGGAAUGUGUUGAGGGCUACAAUUGAUGUCCCGUACAUAGGAGAAGUAAACUUCCACUGUACCCAACUUGACCAUCUAGAUGAGAAUUGGAGGAUGAAGCAGAUGAAUGCAAUAUUCCAAUCAAAUGAUGGCCCUCACAUAUUGGCAGGGGGUCUCAACUCUCUGGACGCCACAGAUUACUCAUCGGAGAGAUGGGCAGAUAUUGUCAAAUACUAUGAAAAGAUAGGAAAGCCUACACCAAAGGUUGAGGUGAUGAAGCUCUUGAAGGCGAAAGGUUACAGCGAUGCAAAGAACUUUGCAGGGGAGUGUGAGCUGGUGAUAAUUGCCAAAGGCCAAAAUGUGCAGGGAACGUGUAAAUACGGCACAAGAGUGGAUUAUGUGCUGGCUUCGCCGGAUUUGGGCUGCAAGUUUGUUCCUGGAUCAUACUCUGUCGUCUCCUCCAAAGGUACUUCUGAUCACCACAUAGUCAAGGCUGAGAUUGUGAAGGCAGUUGGCAGUGGUAGACAGGAAAGAGUGAAGCAGAAGGUGGUGAGGAUGACGAAGCUCUUGUUCUGCGAAGGGGGGAAUAUGGCAAAUAGCCCGCUGAUCUCUUCUCCAAGAGCUUGACAUUUUCAUACUCUAUUUUCUGGCAAAGAUUGCUACUGUUUGGCCGGGUAGAAAAUUGUGUAAUGUAGAAUGGAAAAUGAGAUGUAAAAUGGUCCCCAGUAAAUGUUGGUUUAGGUUUUGUCCUUGCUUGAUGCUGUGAAGGAGAUCUAAAGUUUGUUGAUAAUAAGCCAGAGAUAAUGUGAUGAAUGGAGCUUGUCACGCUUAGUUUAGCUUUCAAACAUUAGUAUUUGUUAUUAUUUUUAGAGACUGCAUUUUACUUUGCCAAAAAGUAUAACAUCACUUUCCUAACUUGUGGGUUUUUUUUCCCCCUUUUUUUUAUCGAUUCUUAAG